GUCCUCGCUCCUUGACUCCUCGGAUUACCUGGCCUUCCGCUGUUCUCUCCUCGAUGUGGAAUCCGUUCCGCCGUCCGCCGGCGCCGCCGGCGUUUGGUCAAGGGGAGGUCAUCCCAGAGAGUCGAGCGUCGCCUCUUUCAAGGCUGUUCUUCUCGUGGUUGGAUCCCUUCCUCUCCGUUGGAUUUUCUAGGCCGUUAGAGAAAGACGACUUUUGGUCCUUGCCCGAGCAUCGUCUAACGCAUCCUCUCACUCAGCGUGUAGAGAAGGCGUUUUAUAGCCGUUGCCCUCCAGAAUCUAGACCACCUUUCCUCUUUGAAGACGGCGAGAAGCUCUCUUCUACACGCACCCGCGAAGUGCCAGACGAUGAUGUUUCUCGCGUCUCGUCCAAGGAUUCCAAGAAACCGCGGAAGGAAGAGACCAAGGAAGAUGUCGAAGCCAUAGCUGGCAGUGACUCCGAGAAACCACAUGCGGAGACGAAACCUAACACGGGCAAAGGGAAGGAGCCCGAGUACGAUUCAUCCUUGCUCAAGGCUCUCCACAGCGUUUUCUGGGUUCAGUUCUGGUUGUCUGGCCUACUGAAGCUUGUAUCUGACACGCUCAACACGACCACGCCCCUCGUCAAUCAGGUCCUUCUGACCUGGCUGACUAACUCUUACAUCUACUUCCGUGCAAGUGAGGAGGAGCGCGCUGCGCUUGGCCUACAGAAGCCUCAGGGCAUCGGCUACGGUAUCGGCCUCGCCUUCGCCGUUUUUGCUAUGCAAGAGGUAUCUAGCCUGACGGGGAACCACUACUACAUCACGGCCAUGACAAACGGCCUGUCAAUGCGUACAAGUCUGAUCGGGGCGAUCUUCCGCAAGUCGCUGCGACUGAGCGGUCGUGCGCGGCUUGAUCACAGCGUGGGCAAGAUUACAACGAUGAUAUCCGCCGAUACUGUCAGGCUGGAGCGCAACACAUACACUGUCCACAACUUGUGGGUUGCGCCCGUCCAGAUCGCCCUCGGGAUAGGUCUCCUCAUCCGUAACUUGGGAGUGUACGCUUUGGUUGGGUUGGCGGUCCUCCUGAUGGGCGGCCCCAUCGAGUUCAUGCUCGCCAAGGUCAUGUUCACGCAGCGCAAGAAGGGCGUGGUCCUUACGGAUCAGCGAGUGCGCAUGACAAGCGAGGUACUGUCGGGCAUCCGGCUUAUCAAGUACUACGCCUGGGAGACCUUCUACGCCCACCAAGUGAGCAGCCUUCGGGAACGCGAAGUCCGCACGAUCCGCCGUCUGGCAACCGCGCGAGCGCUGCUCAUCGGAAACGUCACCGUCAUCCCCAUCCUUGCCACCGUCUUAUCCAUCGUUACCUACGCGCUUACGAAACACUCUCUCAACGUUGCCAUCAUCUUCAGCUCCGUCCAGUACUUCGGUAUCAUCCGCAUGCCGCUCGUCUUUCUCCCCAUCGUGCUCGCCUCCGCGACAGACGCGCUCGUCGCGCUCCGCCGCAUCGGCACGUUCUUGCGCGCGGAGGAGCUCGCGGUGCCGUACGAGAUCGACGCGAACGCCGAGGCCGCGAUCGACCUCGAUGGCGACUUUACGUGGGAGACGGUGCGCAAGGACGCGAACGCCGUCAACCUCGCCGCGAAGUUCGACAGGGACAAAAAGGGCAGGGGCCGCAGGGAGAAGGGCGCGGGGAAGAAGGGAGGGAAGAAGGGGAAUGAGUCGCUCUUGCCCACUGCUGCGAACACUCCGGCGGGAGCUUCUGGCCCUGUGCGCUCUGCGGAGGGUGGCAGCGAAGGGAAGGACAAGGAGAAGGAGGACAAGCCGUUUGAGUUGAAGGACGUCAAUCUGAAGAUCCCCAGAGGGUCAUUCGUGGCUAUCGUCGGCCGGGUCGGCUCUGGCAAGAGCUCCUUGCUUCAAGCGCUUAUCGGGGAGAUGAGGAAGACGCGCGGACAGUGCACCUUCUCGUCCACCGCCGCGUACGUGCCGCAGAACGCCUGGAUUAUGAACGCGACGCUCCGAGAGAACGUCCUGUUCGGCCAGCCCGAAGACGAGGCGCGCUUUCGCGAGAUCGUCCAAGCAUGCUGCCUCGAGCCUGACCUCGAGAUGCUUCCUAACGGCGAGGAUACCGAGAUCGGCGAGAAGGGCAUCAACUUGUCAGGCGGGCAAAAGGCUCGCGUAUCCCUCGCGCGUGCUGCGUACUCGGGCGCGGACAUCGUGCUCAUGGACGACUCGCUCAGCGCAGUGGACUCGCACGUUGGGAAGAGGCUGCUCGACAACUGUUUGCUCCGCGGUCCGCUCGCAGACAAGACGCGUGUGCUGGUGACUCAUGCGUUACAUGUGCUGGACAAGACGGAUUACAUUUAUGUUAUGGAUGAGGGCGUCAUUGUUGAAGAGGGAUCGUACGCUGAGCUGAUGAAGCGAGGCGACAUGUUCGCGCGACUCAUGGAGGAGUACGGCAGCCAGGAGGAGGAUAAGAGAGAUGACGCUACUGCGAGCAAGAAGGCCGACGAUGUCGCAGCUCCUGCCGAAGCCAAGAAGGCUACCCAGAAGCUCAUGCAGGAAGAAGAGCGUCUUACAGGAGCUGUCACCUGGUCUGUAUACUCGAAGUACAUCAAGUAUGCAGGUGGUUGGCCCGUCCUUCCGCUCUUCCUUCUGGCCGUGCUUGCGCAGUGUGCUCAAGUGGCAAAUACGCUGUUCCUUGGCUUCUGGACGUCGUCAAGUAUCCCCGGCUUCAGCCAGGGCGACUACAUGGGCACUUAUGCCGCAUUGGGUGUCAGCAGCGGCUUGUUCGCUUUUGCUCUCAGUUGGAAUAUGAGUAUGUUGAGCUUGACGGCCGGGCUGAGAAUGUUCAAGAAAGCCUUCUUGGGUGUCCUGCGGUCUCCGGUCUCAUUUUUCGAUACCACACCGUUAGGCCGCAUCAUGUCUCGGCUGUCGAAGGACCAGGACGUCAUUGACACCGAGUUGGCCCUGAUCGCUUUUCAAGUGCUAACCACUGCCAGCUCUGUCCUUGGUACGGCAGCUCUUGUGUUCUAUACGUUUCCAUAUCUUGGCAUCAUCUUUGCGCCCAUGAUCAUCUUGUACUACAUCGCAGCCAACUACUAUCGCCGUACUUCGGUGGAGGUGAAGCGUUUAGAUUCCAACCUCCGCUCCAUUCUCUAUGCAUCGUAUUCUGAAACCCUCACUGGUCUGAGCACUGUCCGUGCGUAUCGCUCACAAGACCGUUUCGUGCGGAACGCGGAGCAGGGCCAGGAUGUGGAGAACAGAGCAUACUACAUGACAAUUGCGAUCCAGCGGUGGCUGGGAGUCCGUCUCGACAUCCUGGGGAACAUCCUCAUACUGGGAAUCUGUCUAUUCGCUGCUGGUUUUAGGCACACCGUCGAUCCCAGCAAGAUCGGUGUAGUGCUGACAUACACCCUGACCAUCACUCAAUCGUUCUCAACGCUGGUGACCAACUACGCGCAGAACGAACAGAACUUCAACGCCGUUGAGCGUAUUCUUUAUUACUCUGAGCUCCCCAGUGAAGGCGCGUCCACCACUCCUAAUGAUCCCCCGCCGUCGUGGCCCGAGAGCGGUGCGAUCGAGUUCAAGGAUGUCGAGAUGUCGUACCGCCCAGGAUUGCCUCCGGUGCUCAAAGGUGUCAGCUUCCAGAUCAACCCUAGCGAGAAGAUUGGCAUCGUGGGUAGGACCGGAGCCGGGAAGAGUUCUCUCCUCCAGGCGCUCUUCCGGGUCGUGAACCUUGAUUCCGGCACCAUCGAGAUCGACGGCAGGAACAUCGCUGAGAUGGGCCUGCAGCCGCUUCGAGAACGCUUGGCUCUGGUGCCCCAGGACAGCCUUCUGUUCAGGGGCACCGUGCGAGAGAACCUGGACCCUCUCAACACCAGGACCGACGCGGAAAUACUGGAUGCCCUCAGGCGUGCCUGGUUACUUCCCAAAGACGGACCUAUCGAUCCUGUCGCAGAAGCGAAGUUCAGUCUGAACUCCCAAGUCAACGACGAAGGCUCAAACUACAGUGCGGGAGAGAAGCAGCUGCUCGCGCUUUGCCGUGCCCUAGUCAAGAACAGUCGUAUCAUUGUCUUAGACGAGGCGACAAGCAGUGUGGACGUCGAGACGGACGCGAAGGUCCAGCGGACCAUCCAGAGCGAGUUCACAUCCUCGACUCUGCUGUGCAUCGCUCACCGUCUGAACACUAUCGUCUACUACGACCGCAUCCUCGUCAUGGACCAGGGCAAGGUCGCCGAGUUCGACUCGCCUCUGAACCUGUACGACAGGGAGGGCUCGAUCUUCCGCUCGCUCUGCGACGAGGCGAACCUGUCGAGGCAGGACAUUGUCAGGAUCCGCUCCAGCGUCCAGGGACAGAUUUCCGUGCCAGCCUCUACUGCCGCAUCAGUCGCGCACCAGUCAACGGACUAGACAUACGCUGCAUAGAUCACAUACACACACACAUACUUACUGUUUGCCAUUCAAGCUCUUCCCAACUCAGCGAUCGCUUUCGUUACGGUACCGGAAUUGGACCCUCACGACAUACGCUAUCUUGGUUCAGGCGACCCGCCCUCGCGAACUCUCCGAUAGCACGCAAUCCAACGAACCCCACUCAUGACAGAACUCC